AUGUCUACCGAGAAUGAGAAUGGCACCAAUGGUGCUGGCAAACCGCAGCAAUGGAUCAUGAACGCCUUUGCCAUGUUUGCGCCUGGUCAUUUGGCACCCGGUAGGCCUCAUCAUCUCACAUCAAGACCUUCCAAUCUGUUCGACUGAUUUCCUCAAGGUCUCUGGCGACAUCCCGAUCAAGGGCCCCAAACACUUGAGCACUGGGUCGACUUGGCCAAGAAGCUGGAUGAGGCAAAAUUUCAUGGCAUCUUCUUCGCCGACGUGUUGGGGAUCUACGACGUCUACAAAGGUAAUGGACCUGCUCUCCAAUCUGCAGCUCAGAUCCCUCACCCGGAUUCGUCUCUCAUCGUCUCGGCCAUGGCUCACGCGACGAAAAAUCUGUCGUUUGGAAUCACCGCUUCGACGUCAUAUGAGCAUCCCUACGCCCUCGCGAGGAAAUUCUCCUCCUUGGACCAGAUCACCGGCGGCCGCAUCGGAUGGAACAUUGUGACGAGCUAUCUGGAGAGUGCGGCGAAAUCGUAUGGUCUGGAUGACAGUAUCCCGCACGACGAGCGCUACAACAUCGCCGAUGAGUUCCUGGAAGUGGUCUACAAGCUGGUCGAAGGGAGCUGGGAAGACGACGCCGUCGAAGCGGACAAGAAAACCGGCAUCUACACGAAUCCGCAGAAAGUGCACCGCAUCGACCACGCGGGCAAGUAUUUCAAAUGUCGAGGUCCGAAUCUCGUCGGACCCACGCGUCAGCGCACGCCUUUCCUGCUGCAAGCGGGUGCCUCCAAGGCCGGGAAGAACUUUGCCGCGUCGCACGCGGAGGCCAUGUUCUUGCCGGGAAUGGUGCCGGAGAAGACACGCGCCAUUGUCGACGAUAUGAAAGCGCAGCUGGUACACCACGGUCGCUCGGAGAAUGACAUCAAAUUCAUCGCCGGGAUCUUCAUCGUCGUCGACGAGACGGACGAGAAGGCCCAGGCCAAGUUUGAUGAUUUGCUGCAGUAUGCGGACCUGGAAGGCACGGCCUCGUUGUUCGGUGGGUGGUCGGGAACCGAUCUUUCCACCUUCUCAGAUGAUGAAGAUUUCGCCUUCACCGGCCCUCCGGGAAUUCAAUCCAUGGCAAGUACCUACCACACAUGGCUCUGUCGUACUUUCGUAUCUCUAGAGGCUCUGCUGACAUGCGGUGCUGCAGAUUUCUGCGUGGACGGCCACCGUGCCGGGAACCCAAGGGCUGAAAUGGACAAAGAAACAUGUCUUGCAACAGCUGGCCGUCUCCGGGGCGCAUCCUAGGGCGAUUGGGAGCCCGCAGACGGUGGCGGAUAUCAUGCAGACGUGGGUGGAUGAGGCCCGGGUCGACGGGUUCAAUAUCAGCUAUGCUACCACACCGGGUACUUUUGACGACAUCAUUACGCAUCUCCUGCCUGAGCUGAGGCGGAGAGGCGUCCUCCAGGAGGAAUACGCUGGGCACAGCAUGCGGGAGAACUAUCUUCAAGAUGGCAAGGGGCCGCGAGCGAGAGAGGGGCAUCCCGCGACGACGUACAGGAAGCUGUCAGGAUAG